AUGUCGGUUGGAACAAGGCUAAUACCUUCUUUAGGCAAACCUGCUGUUGAUCUUACUUUAUACAGAAGCAUGAUAGGAUUGUUACUUUAUCUUACAACAAGUUGUACUGACAUUAUGUUUUUUGUUUGUAAUUGUGCUAGAUUUCAAUCGAAUCCAAGAGAACCACAUUUAAUAAUGGUGAAGAAUAUUUUUCAAUAUCUUAAAGGCUCAAUUUCGUUAGGAUUGUGGUAUCCAUCGAAAUCUAGAUUUUUCAUACAAGCAUUUUUAGAUGCUGAUUUAGGAGGUUGCAAUCUCGAUAGAAAAAGCACAAGUGGCGGAUGUCAAUUACUAGAUGGGAAGUUAGUAAGCCGGCAAUCAAAAAAGCAAACAUGUGUUUUGAUUUCCACAGCAGAAUCAAAGUAUGUUGCUGCUGCAGCUUACACUUCACAAAUCAUAAGGAUUCAAAGCUAA